UUGUAGGACUUAAAGAUGAUUGUAAUUUUUUAAGCUUUUUCUCUUUUCUCGUUAUAGCAUUUCCUGACCAGCAAAGGACUUGAGCGGGAGCUGUGGUAAGAUUUUCGGAUUUUCAAAUUUAAUUCGAAAUCAAAAUGACUAAUACUUAUACACAUUUAACACCCGCUUUUAGGUUCACGCCCGACAAACUGAUGGAGAUGGUGCCUAACGUUGGCUCGAUUAUCGACUUAACUGCGACCGAUAAAUAUUAUAAUCCAGCGCUUUUCACGACGCGUGGAAUACGGCACACCAAAAUCGGGUGCGGUGGCCGCGGAACCAUUCCCUUCGAAGCUAUCGUUCAUAGAUUCUUUGAUGUAGUCGAUGCUUUCCUUCUCAGCGCCCACUCUCAAGGUGAGCCUCUAUUUUUACAAAUCCUUUUUUUUCAAACGGGGUAUUACGUAUUACCGUUUGUCCAGUCAAAAAGAUUUAUCGUCGCGUUUCUAUUUUUAUUUGACUUUUUUCUAUUUUUGCUUGUAGGCAAAGUUUUGAUGGUGCACUGCACGCACGUUAAAUUGAACAAACAACACACGAAGAAAUUAAACAUGAAUUUCGACAAAUUGGUUAAGAUGUUCCAAGUUAUUAAGUUAAAAGUUUAAAUUUUUUAAGGCGACUGUUUAUUCAAAAUCUUCCUCAUCGCUCAUACAUUCAAUUGGAAUACGUUGAAUGUUCAUGAUUGCAUCAUGUUUCUCCAAUUCAUGUUUAAGAAUCUCGUCGACAAUAGAAUCUCCCACACUUGAACCUAUUAGAACAAUAUAAAAUGCAAUGAUAACUCACAUUGUUUAUGACAGACUUUUGUUUUUUUAAUGGAUGCAUACAAACCAUUGUUGAAUGUAGCGUAUUCCUGUUUAGCUUACUCUAUAAACAUUUUUUUUGUUUUCCAGAAGGGAGGGCCAGGUGCUGUAGGCAUUUGAAAUGAAUUUUUGGUAAUUCCCGGUCCAUGAGCGAUUGCCUUGUAAAUAGGUACGGCGAUGCAAGGAACUACGGUACCUAUUUAUGUUUACAGAAGUAAUAAAAAGUUUCUUCGUUUUGGGUUGGAAUAAUAAGUGAAUUGUACAAAAACCAGAAAAUUGGAUUCAUGGCGGAAUGAUCCUUCAUUUCAUUUGUUUUGGUUGGGAAACAAUGUACGAUGUUAUCGGCUCCCUAGUCGGGAACACCGGGACGUAGCUUUUUAAUUUCUUCAUCAAUUUCUUGCUUUCUCAACUUCUGAAUUUCAUCUUUCACUUUGGCUCUGAAUUCGUAUUAAUUCAUUAUUUCUGCUGAAAUGCCCUGCAAUAUUGAAAUUGUUCUCAUAAUUUAAGGAAAGUUCAUGAAUCAAGAAAAUAAUGAAUACAAUGAAUACUUUACAUACAUUUAUAUUUAUACAAUUAUAUACUUACAUCUUUUCUAUCUCCCUGAUGUUAUAUUCUUUGAAGUUUUCACCUGGGUUUUCUUUCACGAAGUCAGUAGUGAUGCAGUGAACAUAAAUUCCAAAGGGUGUUAUUUUGGUUAAUUGCAUACGGUAUCUUAGUAGUUCACUUACACUUGCCAUUUCAUGAACCUUCUUGAUAGCCAUCAAGAAUCAGACUGACGAGUCUAGACAGGGCGACUCAUCAAAGCGAGACAUACAACAAAAUAAUGGUGAAUCGCGAUAGCUGGGGGGUGAGAAAAGCCAAAACGAAAGGGGGAACAUAGUUUUAAGAGAAAUGAAAUUUAAGUUGGAAAAUUUUCGACAUUCCCCCGCGGCCAGGCAGCUACUCAGCGUCUUCUUGUUCGAAGAUUUUCUUGAUCGCUGCGUUGGUUUGGGCGGCACAUUUUCGGGUUGGUCUAGAA